AUGGCAUCGAAACCUCCCAAGGGCCACUUCAAUGUGCUCUACUUUGCCGGCGCAAGCUCCUACACGGGCAAGGACGUCGAGUCAAUAGCCGCCCCGUUGUCGCUGGGGGAACUCUUUGUUCAGUUGGAGUCGCGGUAUCCCGGGAUUGGUGCCAAGAUUCUGGUGUCGUGCCUCGUGACGGUCAACCUCGAAUAUGUAGACGUGCCAUCGGCGGAAGGGGAAGAGGGUCCUACGCUCAACGAGUUUGACGAGGUGGCCAUAAUUCCUCCAGUCAGUUCUGGCUGA